UAAAAAUAAUUAAUGGCCAAGAGCUGAUGAGAAUAACUGGCUUAUUCGCUCAACAGUGGAAUUGUGGAUACUCCAAUUCUCUUCUUCAGCAAAUGGUGGUCAGAAACAUUUACUGUUACAGAGAUGAGAAACCCCACCCGACCUGCCUAAGUACUUAUGUUGAGAUUUUCAUCUCAUUAGCUCUGUAUUUCUUUACUCAAACACCCCAACUCUUCUCCUUUUCCAUUUCCCCUGCCCAGUUUAAACUGAGGUUAUCUCAUAUCAAUGCUUGUUUCCUGAGAGACAAUAAAAUACACACAUGUAAGAGUGAGUGUCAUAACUGGUGGAGUAGGUGGGUUCUUCAUUCUUUCUCAAAUUCAGGUUGGUGGCUCCUUCAUUUUUAUCCUUCUCAGAAUUUAACAGGUAUGUAUAAGAACCAGCUGCAAGAACUGGCACAGAGAAGCUGCUUCAACCUUCCUUCUUAUGCAUGUAUCAGAGAAGGACCUGAUCAUGCACCUCGGUUCAAGGCGUCUGUGAACUUUAAUGGUGAGAUCUUUGAAGCUCCCAGCUAUUGUACCACACUCAGGCAAGCAGAGCAUGCAGCAGCUGAGGUAGCACUCAACACCCUAUCAACAAGAGGUCCUUCAAGGUCUCUAGCAGCAAGAGUUCUUGAUGAGACGGGAGUCUAUAAGAACCUCCUCCAAGAAACUGCUCACAGAGCUGGUCUGAACCUCCCACUUUACACCACCGUGAGAUCAGGGCCUGGCCACCUACCUGUCUUCACUUGCACCGUUGAGCUUGCUGGCAUGAAUUUUACAGGAGAACCGGGGAAAACAAAGAAGCUAGCAGAGAAGAAUGCUGCCAUGGCUGCCUGGUCCGCUUUAAAGCAAAUUCCAAACUUGGUUUCUUCAUCUCAUACAAAGAAAGAUGGUGAUAGCAGUGAAGAACAGGAGGAGGUAGUUGUUACAAGGAUUCUAUCAAAUUACCGGCCCAAAGAUGAAAACAAGUCCUUGAAACAGAGAGACCAAAACCAGGCAAGAAGAAGACUGGUUUCGAGUCAUGGAGAAAACAAUAUUAGCUCCAGCUCUUCCUGCCAUAACACCUUGAAGUAUCAGCAAUGGAGAUCGAUGGAUCUAAUCUCUGAUUUCUCCUCAAUCUAUCCGACCCAAACGCAGAACCAGAAUCAGAAUUGCUUCUCAAAGAUCUUACCACCGACUACUUCUGUCAGAGAAAACAAGCCAUCACUUCACUCAUCAAACAGGGCCAUUCCAGUACAGGUUAGAAGCAGAGCCCAGGUUAACAUUCAGGAGAUCCCACCUCCAUUGGAAGAACAUCAAAAAGAUGAAGACGAGUGGCUCAAUGGGAAAUCAGAAGGCACAGAUAAACCCGCUUAUCUGCGGCCAUUCCCAUUGACCCAUUACUGUAGCCAGCGAACCCAGAUGAGAACCAGCAGUUUAGGAUCUGUUUCUACUCCAAUUGCAGCAGCUCCGACGGGAAAUCCAACCAGGGCAGCUCUUCCUCUUCCUAAUAUCCUGAACACCAGAAGAUUCCAUGCACAGGCACAGGGGAUGGCUCCUGCAGUGCACAUUCGUACAGUGAUCCCUGUGUGCGCAGCCCCACCUGCAAGGCCUCUAUCAUCGAAUCUUCCAUCACCACAGAUGAAAGAAGUCUCACAAUCACAACAUUCCUCGGCCUCAGUCUCCACAAAAACAGUAGAAGGAGAGCUUUCAUCAGCGAGCUUAGAUCUCAACAGGUUACAGUUAUGA